AGAUCGUUUUUGGCCAGCACAAACAUUACACCUUGUAGGACCGUUUGGUUCUGUCUCGCUCUUUACACUUCAAAAUGGAUGCCCCACCAGGCCAAGAACUUCCAGACACUUUGGUGCCCCCAGCACCUCCUGCUCCACCGUCUUCCCCAGGAGGCUACCGUGGUCUCCUCGGCGUGGGCGCGACCUUGCUAAAAAGGUUGAAAUUCCUUGCCAAAGUGAAGGCGCUCCUGCUUUCUAACAAGGAGAUGAUUGCGAACAAAGCAGGAUCUUUGGCAGCAUUGCCGUUUUUGCAACCGCAUCAAGGGCGACAACUUUUGGGAGACCGCUCUAGUAGAACAAGCACUUGCGAAUCAACAUCAUCUUCUUGUUCUGGAAGCAGCAGUCUCGGAGCGGCGGCUCGCCAGUCCUUGCCCAGACCUCAGACCCCUUGCGAUCGACUCCUGCCCGACUCCGAGGCCGCUCGUGAAACAAAAUUGCCAACUUGCUGCACAGCUUCAACGUGCCCACUCUGUGGCGCAGCGUGGUACUACAACUCUUCUGCAGAUAAAGAUCUUGCUGGGGGUAAGUCAUCUUGCUCAAUGUUGAGCACUACUUCUACACCAGCAGCAGAACAGCCGAACCCCGACGUGCCGCCCUGGGUUUGGGAGCACAUUCACUCAGACUUUUUCCUGCGCUGCCCGCCCAGGGAAAGUGACGAGGAGAGAGGGGAUUCUUUCGCCAGUAACUCGCAUUCUCUCAUCCUGCCGAGGAAGAGAAGCAACCCGAAUCUCGGCAGUGGAGGUUCCGAAAGUACAACUACUAGUCGUGACACAACAACUAGUAUCUCCCCUCCUUACGCGAGAGUGAACCCAAAUCCUCCCAGAACCGCCACAGACCCCGAUCAGGAUGAAGAUUUUGACAAACAUGUCGCGAGGAAGCUGAUCGACUUUCUGAACCACGAGCUAGCCCUUGACGCGGUUUCGCAGCAAAUGAACGACCUAGCUUACGAAACGAAAAAGCAGAGAAACUUGAUGACGUGGCUACACGAGCAGAUUGACAAUGUUUGGGAAGAGAGGGGAUUGGUCUUUCAGAACCUGCGCGAGAACUUCAUGCACAGCGGUACUGUUGACCCCGACAGCGAGACGGCGCUGACGGUAAGGAUAUCUAAAGGAAAAAUCCCCCCUCCCCAUACUGAAAAGGUGUAUUUUUGGAAAUUUGUGAUGCUGAUUUGUGGUCACAAAUCGUGUCUUCUGCAAGAAGGCAAACGCAGAAGGCCGCAAGCAUUAUCCCGGCGGUUUGUAAUGCUGCUGGACCUACGUCAUGGACUUUUGUCAUUCUGAGCGCGUAGGCCAAAACCUCCCCACUCCGGUUUGAUAUAGGCCUGCAGUCCUCUACAGCAAGACAAGGCUGAUUUGUGUACGCAAAUCCAGCAACAGAAAUUUCGUUUUGAUAUGGGGUGGGAGGGAUUUUUCCCUUUGAUACAGGACCGACUUGGCUUUGUCGCGGGACAAGGUGAAGCGGAUACAAGCCGGAUUGGACCCGUCGUAUAUCCAGAACGCAAUCCGGAAAUUUUUGUUUAUCAAAAGGAAAAAUCCCCCCUCCCCAUAUCGAAAACGAAAUUUGUGAUGCUGGAUUUGAGCACAUAUCAGAUUUGCCUUGCUGAAGAGGACUGCAGGCCCACAUCAAGCCUGAGUAGAUGUAGAGAGGUUUUGGCCUAGGCGCUUAGCAUGAGAAACGUCUGCGCUGUAGGCCAAACAGCAUCUGCAUCACAAACCGCCUGCAUAAUGCGGCGGAGCCUGUGGAGUUGCCUUCUUGCAAGACAGAGAUCAUUUGUGGUCGCAAAUCAGCAUUGCAAAUUUUCUGAAGCGUACCUUUUCGAUAUGGGGAGGGGGGAUUUUUCCCCGGGAUAUUGUUCCGGGAGAAAUUUCUGAAACGGCGGGGAAGUAGUAGUAGCUUCAGAAAUAGGCAUCGGAUGGUCGACGUCAGCACGGGAGGUGGACGGGGCAGCAGCAGUCGUGCAGCGUCUCUUGAUUUGGCGAAAUUUAACUCCAACUCUUUCGCCAAUCAGGUCUCUAACAGAAACGACGGUGGCUUGCAAUUACUGACAACUUCCAGACUUUUCAAGCAAAACCGAGACAAAGUGCAGGAACGGUUAAUCAGAGACCAACCGCGGCCCGUCCCGGUUGUUUUGAAAAAGGGAGUUUACCAGUGCGGGCAUGAUUACGGGUACAUGAGUGUAUGCAAUACAAAUUUCCCGUACAUGUACAAGAUGCAUCACAAAUUUCGCCAAUUUGGAGCGUCAAACUUGUCAUGCUAAACUAGGAUCGAGGCCAAGUUUUGUCAUGCAGAGACCGCAUGUGUACGUGUACAGGAAAUUUACUGUGGAUAGAGCAACGAGCAAGUUUACGAACUGAUGUCCUACAAGUACGAGGGUGCCGUCCAUUCCGAAUUGCGAAGCGCUCCGAAGAACACCCACCACCAGUGGCUCAGCCCGGUGGUGCAUGAGACGGACGUUUUGCCCUACCAGCUGUUUGGAUAUGGGAGUGCACAACCCCCCUCCCACUCAUAUGUAAUGCGAAACACCCAAUCCACCUCUUGCUUUCAGGCUCUGUUUGCAUGACAAAUUUUGGAACCUAAAACAGUACUACAAUCUGUGUGCAGAUUUGUCAUGCGAAAGGCCCAUUUGUCCCGUUUCUUGUGUUGCUACGCAUUCACCUCAAAUGAGGGGGAGAGGGAGUUGUGCACUUUUAUAUUGGAAACAAGGCUCGGAAGUGGAUGCUGCUGCGAAAGGAUUGGACCUUGGAAGAUAUUCAAAUGCCAGACGCAGAUGAAGUUGUAGACGAGAGAAUUAUAGCGGCGGAUGUUGGUGAACGUGAAGAGGACGCCUUGUUCGCCGGCGAAACUAGGGAAGAAGAGGAAACAGUACACCACGAGACCGGCGCGAAAGUGGAUCAGAAUCCCGCAGAUCCUCGUGCUGGGCGAACCAACAGGCAUAAAGCCGCCUACCACUUUACCUACCCAAUAGCUUUUCGCAACGAAGAGGAACGACAAACAGCUGUGAUGCACAACCGAAGGACCACAUCAAUAAGGCAAAGCCGUGUCACAUCAACACCAACAUCAUCUUCACCAAGCGCCGCAGUGUCAACUCGAGAUGAUUCGUCCCGUGGUGGUAGUGCCACCAGUGGCACAUCAUCAACGACAAACUCAAGUUCAACUUCUAACCUCCGCGAAGAUGAUUACAGUACAACUCCCGUCGGUGACCACGCAGAGGAACAGCCAGCAGCGAUGUUUGAAUCUCUCAUGGAGGUUCACGUCGACGCCGGUGGUAUUUUCGCCGAGAGUAUCAAAUGUAAAAACGUCUGGGUCUGGAAGAGUGCAUGUAUGUCAUGCUGGUCUGGCAUGAAUCUUAAAUCUGUCAUGCACGUUGCCCAAGAGCCGCACUUCUCUGUCAUGCGGAGACGCAAUUUGUCAUGCAGAAUAGGCAACACCUACAAGCUCAGAAAUUUCUCAUGCUGAGCCAGCACUUCUGGCCUCCUCAUGCUGCGCCACUCAGCAUCACAAGUUUCCAGACCCAGACACUUUUGCAUUUGAUAGAGAGACUCGAAAACAUGCUGGACCUGCGGGAGCGGUUUUUCGACCGAAUGGUCCGGACAAACAACGCAGAUCACUGGACGCUAUGCAUUGCAAAAGUUAAAGUAUCGUACUAAUGGAAAAAAUCGCAUGACAAAUGUCCUCAGCAUGAGAGGACACGGAAUUUGUAGUGCGGAUUUGCCUUGAAGACCAGAUUUGUAAUGCGGAAUUGCAAUUAGUGCGAUCUUUUGCACAGGAUAGACGCCCUUUUUUCGCACCUGGAGGAUGAGCUUUCCGUUUGAACACCGACUGUCCUCGUUUUCCAAAAAGCCAGUGGUGGAUUUCGAUUCGGUAGAGGAUUUCGCGAGGGAGAAUGGGCUGCUUGUUUAUUCCGAAGGUCCUCGUGAAGGUCGUCGAUCAUCUUCUCAACAAGACCACCGAAACAAAAAUCAUGCGGGACAGAAUCAGAAACAACAAAGAGCAACUCCAGGCGGAACAAGAAAAUUUUCACCAGAACAAGAGCAACACCAGCUUCUAUCAGACUCGCAAAAGGCCUUCCUCGAGGAUAAGAUCGACACCACGACCCGCGGGCAGCACCACGCCGGGAGUUUAGACUAUGCAUUGCAAAAGUAUCGUACUAGUAUAAAUCGCAUGACAAAUUUCCUCGGAAUGGAAAAUGGAAUUUGUCAUGCUGAUUUACCUUGCGAACCAGAUUUGUCAUGCAUAUCUGCGAUUAGUACGAGUGCGAUGCUUUUGCAUUUGAUACAGACGACAAGGACGUAAUCCGGAACGGGAGAAAUAUGGAAUACUUGGUCGCCGAAUCCAAAACCGUCUUCACGAUCAUCACUUGCCAGGUCCAGAACGAACCGGCGCGGCUCCAGAACCUGGAAAGAGCGAACUUUUUCCGGUUGGGCGGACAGUUUUUUGAGCGGGAACGGGAUGCGGCGGUAGAGAACAACUACUGGGGCUGUGGGUACAAUGUUUGCACCCGGAUGAAAAACGACGUGAACGACGGGAGUGUCAAAACGUUGAACCCAAACAAUGGUGUGACGAAGCGCAAGUUGGGGCUGGGGCUGAACGGGGGGAUGAUGGAACAAGUAGAGGUGGAUAUUUGAAGACGAUCAUGAAGAUACGGGUUUCUUUGUCUUCUUGUUCUUUGCCUUUCCACUUUAUUUUUGUGCGAGAACGAGUAGUUGGACGCGGGCGUGGGCUGAGGUAUUUCGCGUAGAAGAUUCUCUGACAACUUCAACUUGCUCAUCUAUGUCUGUUUCAAAUAAACUUUGUCGUGUCAGUGCCAGCUACUAGGCGAUUAGUUUGCUUACUUACUCGCCGGUGGCGAGGUUUUAGUUUUUGGAUUUUUCCUGCUGUAUGCUGUAACUCAUCUUCUCAGACGAACCGAAAUAGUCCGGCAAAGUCGUUCGCGUGCGUGUGGCUGUCUGAUGAUUUCACCUGUUGGCGUCAUUGUCUGAGAAAGGUACUUUGAUGACGGCUGCGGACCUUUGACGCAACUUUGGGAAUACAGAAUCACACUGAAAUUAAUCUUUUUAGAUUACGCCAUAAUCAU